GACGUUUUCCUUAGUCAACAUCCGGUGACGUAACCAACAAUCGGACUACGUACGACGUCGUUUGUUUGCUGUGCUAAAUCCAGCCAACAGUUACUUAGCUUACAUGCUGGUUACCAACGGUCGACUUUAGAUAGUAUUUAACAUACAGUUUAAUUACGUGUUUCUAAGAUACUGGGCUGUUUCUAUAAGUACUGAUACCGUUUUCUGGUGAGAUUCCGGUCAGGUUUUAGAGGAUCUCCGUUAGCCAUUAGCCUAGCAGGCUAACAAGACCUACAAUGGAGGGCAGCGCGAGCGUAAGGAAAUCGUUGUCCGGGACUCUCGUGCCUUCUGCGGUCACAACAGUGUCUCUCAUCCAGCAACCCGAGGAGACGGACAAGAGGACAUUUAAGAGGAAGGUCCUCGAUGAAGAGGAGUACAUUGAGGUAUCUAUCCGCUAGUUCAGCUUCACUCUGAGCAGGGGUGUCGUGUGUUUUAGCAGCAGACAUGUUGUUGUCAGGUAUCAGUCGCUCAAAUGUGAAGUGCUUACAGGGGAAAAGACUAUGAUAUACGUCUGAAAUCAGAGGUACAGCAACUCUUAUAGAGGACUGAUGAAAGCCGAUCUAUUCCUGUGGGCUACAUAGGGUCUUUUAUGAAGUAUCUAUGACUUGAUUUACUUAAAAACUUGUCAGUAAGAGAUUUAAAUAUACAGGAAUAAAUCAGCAGAUGACCAACAACAUACCAGAGUUGUUUAUGUGCAUCAUGUAACUUUGAAUUGAUGUGACAUUUUUUCCACUCUUCACAGAACUUAGAAAAGAUCAUCCAGAGGGACUUCUUCCCAGAUGUGACCAAACUACAGGCACAGAAGGACUAUCUCGAUGCGGAAGAAACCGGUGAUUUAGAGAGAAUGAGAGAGAUAUCCAUCCGAUAUGGGUCAUCUUUGACUAAAUCUACUCCUCGCUCCACUGCACCCUGUGAGUAAUGACCUUUAUAAGUGAUAAUGCCAAAUAUUGACUUAAAAAUCUAUUAACAGCAUGAGAGGUACAAAUAUAUCCAUCACAAAUUUGGCGAAUGUGCUUGACACCUGUAUUCUCUUUCCUUCUUCAUAUUAAAGAUGUGACACCAGCUAGCUUUGAGACACCAGUUGGCCGCUCCGGGUCUCCAUCCUCUACUCACGGUAGUAAAGGAUUAGAUGGAGGUAAGAAUCAUGGUUUUUGACAUUACAACACGUACCGUAAUGAUUGCACUUUUUAUGUGUUGAUAAACAUUCAGAGAUCUGUUUCCAACCAAAAAAAGAAGUCCAUAUUUCUGUGAUGCCCUUAGAGGAAGAGUGACAUAAGAAUAAGAAUAAUGUUAUUGAGCCCUAAAGGGAAAUUUAAUUGUCUGUCAUCUCAUUUGUCAUGUCUCAAAGGUCAUCUAAUAUUUAUAAAAGAGUUGUAAAGUCUGAUGGUAGUUAACAGGUAGUCAACAGAAAUGAAUGAUUCUUUUAUCAAUGUUGUAUUCAUAGAAAGCAAAGAGGAUGAAAAAGAAGAGAAAGAGCUGCCCUCUCUGGAUCGCUUCCUUGCCAAAAACACCAGUGAAGAUAAUGCAUCCUUUGAGCAGAUAAUGGAGCUGGCGAUGGACAAAGAGAAGCUGAAACAUGCCUGGUUAUAUGAGGCUGAGACUGAAUACAAACAGGUAUUUAUUACAAAAAUUGAAAGCAUCGGUUCAAUUAAAACUUGCUGUGAUUUCAGUUUGCUGAUUGUAGAAUGAGAACCAAACCUGAUGGUUGUGGUAGCAGAGAAUCUUUUAGGAAUUGAAAAUUGGGCUGCACGAUCUUGAAAAAUCUAAGAUUGCGAUAUUUUUCUUUUCUGCAACAUGUAUUGGGAUACGAAAAAAACCAAGAGGAAUUCAUGCCAGUUAAAGGCAGUGUGUUUUAUGUGCUUAUAUACAAUAAGAAUUUUAAAUGAUACAAUUAUACCUGUUUAUAUAAAAAUAUAAUUUAUUCUUCCAUGGAUGUAACUAUCAGUUGCAAUGGUCGUUGAUAUAUCAGGGUCCAACAUAAGCCAUGGUCUGGGACUGAGCAAAGUUUAUACGAGGAAUGUCCAUUAGCACAGAGUGGGCUACUGACUGCUCAUCAAUACAUCUUUUCUUUUUUCAUUCUAAUCAGAGUCAAGAUGUCUGCAACGUCAAGUCGUGAUUUGUGAACUGAACUGUGUGGGUGAAGUCUAUCAGUAGCUUGCUGACAGAGCACAUGUCCAUUCAUCAAUCAAUCGUCGAUUAUUCGCAUUACUUUUUUAUUUAUUGAAUUUGAGCAUGGAUAUUGAUUUAAAAUAAGUGUUGAACUUUUUGACUUCUGUCAAAGUUUUAUCUGUUCUCAUUUUUGCGUCACCUGACUUCACUGCAGGAACACAGCAGCAAAUGACUCAGCUUAAAGAUUUAGCUCUUGUACAUAAACGAUUCAAUGAAGAGCUCUCUGAGAGUUGACAGAGAUGGUUGUUGCUAAGAUGCAAAUGGUAUGAAACAUUAAGCAGAUGGCUCACGCAAACAGGCAAGAGCUGGCAGUGAAAACACAAAUGCUAAAGUUUCGUUUCUAAAGUGAACUUUUGUGCAGAAAUCUUCAGAGUGACAUAGACCUCUCAGCGAAAGUACAGGAAAAAGGUUAUUUUCACUGGGAGUCAGGGAGAAAAUACAUGGAGCCAGUAAAAAUGUUGCCACUGGCCAUCAGUCAACUAGCAAAAGAUUGCCAUAUUGAUCAGUGUAUAUUGUUCAAUCUUGGGUUAUAAUGAAAAUAUAAAUACUGUUAUUUUUCAGCGCCACGAGGAGAACCUCGCCUUACCCUCAGCAGAGACAGCAGCGCUCGAGUGUGUCAAAGCUGGACUGGAGACAUGGGAGUACAAAGCAAAGAAUGCCUUAAUGUAUUAUCCAGAAGGUAAGAAAAUGGUUAAAAUUGUCUUUCCUCCUCCCUCUUCGUGCACCACACUCUGACCGCAGAUAUGUAACUUUACCGUGUAGGGCUGGAAAUGAACUUUUAUACUUGGAAUCAUUGGUGCUUCCAUCUUUAAAAAGUUAGGUAAUUGUACAAGCACAAUCUGAGAAGUAAUGGACACCAAAACAAAAAUGCUUAAAAUGUGUGGAUGACGUGGCAAAUAGAGUGUCAGUUACAGCCUCGGUCCCACUGGCUUCACAGUGAACUUCAUUUUCAUUGCAAAGCUGUUGGAAGUCUGUCAGCUAUUCUCUCAGCUCUGUCUGUUGGAAGUCUGUCCUCUACCGUCUCCAAUAGGCCAACUGUACAUUUACCGUAAAAGAAAUCCCUUAGCGUUGUUAGGAUCUACUCCCUUAAGCUCAUCUGUUGUUGUGCAAGUUAGUCCUGUCACACAACAAUGAAGCACAUAAUUGAAGAUUUAUGUCAGACAGUCUAGAAUCAGCUUUGAAAGUUAGGAAUGUCAAGUUGAUGAAUGAUUGGUUAUGUAAGCACUGGAUAACCACACAUGGCUCUUGAAUAACGUCAUCAUACUCAUGGCAUUGUUAGCAGACAUAAUAAAUCAACCUUCAGUCACUGUCUUUUAUAGUGAAAUUGAAUAAACAUGUUGCACCACAACAAUGAUUUGGGCUUGCAAAAGUGCUUCCAGAGAUGUUUUGAAGUUGCACAGAUUGAAUUUCAGAAGCAUGUGAAACAACAAUGGGAGCCAUUUUAAGCCCUGCUGUGAAAAAAAAAAAAAAUCAUAUCCUCAUGUUUUAUUGUUUCGUUCUGUUCUUCUCUGUAAAUCAGGUGUCAAAGAUGAUGAUGCUUUAUUUAAGAAGCCGCGGGAAGUCGUCCACAAGAACACACGCUUUGUCGGGGACCCGUUCAGCAAGGCUCUCAACAAGAGUCAGAUUCAGCAGGCUGCAGCCCUUAACGCACAGGUACCAUUUAUUGUGCGAUAUUUUGAAAUCAGGACAGUGCUUGUGAAUAAGUAGCUUUAGAGCAUGGUGUUGCUUUGUCCUGUUUACAGUAAUGUGAAUUAAUAUAGUGUGUAGCUGAUGCAUCUUGUUUACUGUCCAGUUCAAACAGGGUAAAGUCGGCCCUGAUGGGAAAGAGCUCAUCCCACAUGAAUCCCCAACAGUGAACGGAUAUGGUUUUGAAACAAUGCCAUCCCCUGCACCGGGUAAGUGAGUCUCUAAUUCUCCUCAACAAAGUAACAACUAAGUGUUUCCUUAAAAUAGCUGUGAGGAAGUCUUGGUUUGUGUCAAUUUUGGCCCCCACUGUGGGGAAACAUGUGAAUUUUGUAAAUUUACUCAUCUUGUUUGUGAUUCUUCUGGUAGUUUGACCCGCAGAAGUUACCAAUGACAAUGAUAAUAGCUGUAAAAACAAUGUAAAAGAAGGGGGGACUAAGUUAUUAAGUGAAAAGGGAUAAUCUCAGUACUUACAAGCUUCAAUGUGGGACCAUACUCUCCACUCCUGAGUAUCUAUAUUGAUCUCUUUGAUGAACUCAGCCUGUUGAUUUGAAAUGAACAAAUUAGCUUGUUGUUAAUUUGCAGUGCUGCACAUUUACUCACGAGUGAAAUAUGACACAGGCCUCUAACUUAUGGCACAAUAAAUGAUGUACUACCAAUAAAAUAUGAAGACAGUAAACAAAUCCACAUUCAGAAAAUUGCUGCUAAUUAAAUGUGAAAUGAUAAUGUGAUCCUUCUUCUCUCUGUAUGCCAGUCUGAGUGAUCACUCUCUCUCCCUUCUCUUACACUUAUACAGAGUUACAAAAUGUAUUUAAGGGUGUGUUUGACAAGAGAGUAUAUCUGAUGCCAACAACAUCCUGUUUAUAUGUCAAGGUAGUAUUAAAGCUCAUCCUGUUUUUAAUAAUGAACUGUGUCACCCACUAUUGGUGUUUGCUUUUGAGUUUCCUAUUAGUUUGCUGUCAUACCUCCUCCCUCACAGUGGUUAAGACUGUAAAAGCUGCAGGGUAGACUUUGUAAAUCUUGUUCAUCUUGUUUGCUUUUAUGAGGCCAGGCAACUUAACUUUCAUCAGCAUAAUUCAGAACUCUGUUUCUGUCCCUUCAGGUGUUUCAGAGUCACCACUGAUGACCUGGGGAGAGAUCGAGAGCACCCCGUUUCGCCUGGACGGAUCGGACACGCCGUAUGUCGAGAGGAAUCAUGGUCCUUCAUUUAAGGUACUGCACUUUUGUCAGCAGCGCUCGUGAUUCGUAGAUCUUUUAUUUUCAAUGACUUGUUGCUCAUUGAACACGUGUUUGUUUGUAACAGAUUCCAGAACCAGGAAGACGAGAGAGGCUGGGGUUGAAAAUGGCGAAUGAAGCUGCUGCUAAAAAUCGCGCAAAGAAACAAGAAGCACUGCGCAAAGUUACAGAGAAUUUCGCAAGGUAAACACCAUCUCAUGUCCUGGUUUUAUCUGUAAAACAGCUGUUGAAAGUAAAAGUUUUAAAGCUGUGUAUUUGUCCCCGCCAGGGUUCAAAGUAUGAAGGAACUGUCCCCAUAAUUUACUGACCAUAUCAAUCUUUGUGCCACAGUCUUACCCCUAAAGGUCUGAGCCCCGCCCUCUCGCCCGCCCUGCAGAAACUCGUGAAUCGGACAUCAAGCAAAUACACGGACAAAGCACUACGAGCGAGUUACACCCCUUCGCCCUCACAUAGAGCCUCUGGCUGCAAGACUCCCUUCGAUGGUUUGUCUACUCCCACCGGAACACCGACACCAAACAAAGCCAAGACGCCGAGCUCUCAGGACCUCACAUCACUCACAGACAAUCUGCUUCAGCUGCCCAAAAGACGAAAAGCCUCAGACUUUUUCUAAGGAACUGAAGUUGAUCCUUGUUGAGAUUGUACAUAAACGAAUUCAUUAUAUAACAGAGAGAAUUCCUUUCAAAACUCUACAGACUCACAUUCUCUCAAAUUACAGUGCAUAUCUUUCAUCUGGAAACCUGGAUGAGGACGUGUGCAAAGAAUGACUUUCUGGAUUUAUUGGUUACAUUUUUGUACAGACGGGUUUAUCAAGAUCAAUGUGAAAUACAAGGCAUUGUCCAAACUCUAUUUCAUAACCCAGUUUUCUUUUUUAUAAUAUUUUUAUUGUAUGCCGUUCACAAGGUUUUAUAGAUUAUUAAACAGCCACUGACCCUUGAGCAUACGCUGGAAUGACCUCAUUUUGAAUGUACGUGCUGUUCCCAAGAGCCCUACAUCCAGUAACUAUUGCUCAAUUCUCCUAACAUACCAGUUCAGCAUUAUUAAACCCUGUAAAAUCACUCAGGGUGUAAGUUAGACAGCUUGUAAAUUACCACCAGAACAGUCACAACGAGGCAGCUCUUCUCAUCUUCACAGAGGGCUUGAAGUUUUAGGCCAAGCCAGACUGCUUCUCUCGACUACAGCUGAAAUAUCCCAAAUGCCCUCUUUUGUUUUUGUUUUGUAUUUUUGAAGCCUGUGAGGUAACAGGGUCCCCUAAGGCCAUAUUUAUAAUUAAUGAGGCUGUCCUGUGGUAUGCACAAGUCAAAACAAAUGCAGCAGCUUGAUUUACAACUUGACCUCUUCAGGGAGGGGGGUCAUCAGUGGAGGGUCGGUGUGUUCAUAAGCAGGGAUGUGAUCCAUAGUGUGGGUCAGACAUUGAUUUGACACAUCCUUUUAUUGGUGAACUUAAAGCACCAAAAACUGUUUCUAAAUAUUUGAUACAUUUACAAAAGGAGACCAUAAAGUGUGAAAGUCGAGGUUUAUCCCAUGUGUGCCUUUUUGGUGUCUGUUCGGUCAGGCUGUCCAAGAAAAGUAAAGAAAACCAUAAAUGGGCGUUUUAUAUUUUUCUCCUUCUUUUGCACAAAGCUCUUCAAACAUUCAAAAUGAAGAUAUAAAACUUAUCAAACGGCUGCUCUAAAUGUUUUGCAUAAGGGUAAAUCUCUGAAGGGGUGAUGGGUGGUAUUGGUUUGUGUAUUCGUGUGACCUUGGUGUCAUUAAUGUUGCUGCUAAAAAAAUAAAAAAGACUGCAAAAAAAGAAA